AGGAUGAGUUUGAAUAUUGUAAGAAAGGCGAUGUCUUGGUUUUAGAUUGCGCAGUUCGAUGCAUCAUGGGAGAGAUGGAAUCCCACGACACCAAAGAUAAUGAAGACGACGAUGACCUCUUCGACUCCUUCCACGAUUUCCCAUCGGAGAAUUGUUCCCUCGCGGAUCAACCUCAACUUUCCACUUCCACUUCCCCCUCCUCCGACUCUUCGCCAUUGCCCGAAAUCUCAUCGGAAAAUGUCCCUGCCCCUGUCAAUUCAUUACGCCGUCGCCCCUCUGUUCGCCGCAGAAUCGCAGGCGAGACUCCCACUUCAGAUUCCUCUAUCAGUUCUCUAACGACUACAAUCGACGAUUCGGUGAAGAACCCCGAAAGGAAAAGCCCAGAAAUUCACUGGGAUUUUAACGACGAUGGAAAUAAACUCGAGGGACCCGAAUCUUUAUCCGUUCAAGUUAACUCGUGGGCAGGUUCGAGUAGCGUAAAUGAAAAGGAUACUGAGGCAUCGACGGUGACUACAGCGGAGAUUAACUCGGAGGUCGAAUUGGGCGCUUCGGAGGUGGAAUCCAGGGAUUCUUCUUCAAGCAUUCUUGUGUUGAUUGCAGGAUUGCUUAUCAAAGCAAUUGGGGUUCAACUUAGCUUCUUCGUUUACAGUAUCUGCUUUCCCCUGUGGUUCUUAUACCUUUCUUAUACGUUUAUUUUCCAUCCUUUUCAAACAAUUAAGCUCGGGAGAGCGUAUGUGAGAGGAAAGUUACUUGGGGUUUGGGAACUUGUUGUUGCUCUGGUUGGUCCCUUGGUAUCUGAGCGGCUCAAGGAACGCAAGUCUCUUUGGAAGUAUGGAGUCCGCUGUGUGUGGGGUUUGUUAUGGUCGUCUUAUGUUUGUAUCAUUUUGUUUGGUCUUUUGAUUUCGGCGCUUAUCUUUAGUGCGUUUUUAAUGAGGUUCUUAGUUCAGGAGCCUAUGAAGAUGAAAGAAGUGUUAAAUUUUGACUACACCAAACCCAGCCCUGAGGCUUUGAUGCCAAUCUUGCCUAACUCAAAUGAUCUUUAUGGACAUAAUUGUAAAGAUAAUGUCUUAAGUGGGAAGACCCAGUAUCGGGUUAUUCCUCCUCAUCAUCAAUUGCAGGCCAUUGUCUCACUAACAUUGCCAGAGUCUGAAUAUAACAGAAAUCUUGGGGUCUUUCAGGUAAGAGUAGAUUUUCUUUCUGUUAGCGGUGACAUUCUUGCAAGCUCAAGCCAUCCAUGCAUGUUACAGUUUAAAAGUGAGCCCAUUCGCCUUUUACUGACUCUUCUGAAGCUUGCACCUCUUGUUACUGGCUAUAUAUCAGAGUCCCAGACUCUGAGUAUUAAGCUUAAAGGUUUCACUGAAGGAAAUAUACCAACGGCCUGUCUGCGAGUUACAAUUGAACAGCGAGCAGAGUUCAAUCCUGGUGCUGGUAUUCCUGAAAUAUACAAUGCAUCUUUAAUUCUCGAGUCCGAACUUCCUCUGUUUAAAAGGAUUAUAUGGUACUGGAGGAAGACUAUCUAUGUAUGGAUUAGCAUGACAUCAUUUAUGAUGCAGUUGCUUUUUACACUCGUCUGUUGUAGACCAUUAAUCCUUCCUAGAAUAAGGAGAAGAGAUGGAUCUGCUAAUGCGGAAGAUUAGAUCAGAACAAGGUCCCUCCGGACAUCUAUCGAAAUGUUCAAUCAAUAAGAAUUUUUUUGCUGAUGUAUAAAACCAACACCAACAUUGUUGGUUGCUCUAAGACCAUAUGCUACAUAUUUAGUAUGGCCAUUCUUUUAUUUGUUUAUUA